AUGUAUUCGAUUACAGCUCGUUUUAAUUAAAUCGUGUUCUUUACAUCUUGGACAUUAGGUAUAUUACUCUUAUUAGAUAAGUCGUAUUGUCAUUAUUGAAUUAGGGUACAGCAUAUUUUUUUAAGACUGGAAAGCCAACAGUAGAUUUAAAGAUAUUGAGUGCAGAUAAAUUGUAUUGCAGAUAAAAUGAUUAUAUCUUUUAGUCAUCAUUAUAAGGCUACUUAUUACAAUGGUGGUGUAACAGAUUGGGAUUAGGUGACAUUUAAAUUUUCUUUAGAAGCAGGUUUUUGAUACACGUAAUAUAAUUAGAUUUCGAACCUGUAUAUAAUUGGAAUUUAAAACAAUUAUUUUUGUAUGUGAAUGUUCAUCAUGAACAUUAANUAUCCUAUGAGGAUUAACAAUAAUUUCCAACUUUUUCUUUGAACUAACCUUAUAAUCUUGGAAUCUUAGAUUUUAUUUAUCAAAGCACUUUAAUUUAAAAUACAACAUUUCGGCCUUAGGAAGAUAGAAUUAAAAAAUAUGAAGAACUUCCACAAUAGAAUUUUUCAUUAAUCAAUAAAGACAAUUCUAAUUUUAAGAAAAGCAUACUUAAACCAACUAGUUAUUCAGUAUCAACUUAAUCUAAAUUUGAUGAGUGCACUUAAGAGUAUCUGAAUAACUAUAAAAAAUUAUAUCCAUUUUUAAAAGGAUUAGAAUAAUUAAAAAAAAGUUUGCAGAAAUAUUAUUUAUAAGAAUUUAAGCUAAAAUUAACAAGAAAAAUAAAUAGGUUUAAUUAGCAAUGUAUUGCUGGUACAUUUAAAUUGGAUUAUUUUAAGUAAUUAUAUUAAAGAUACUUAAUGAGAGUAGCUAUGUAAUAAAUUAGAAUAAAGUCGAGAUUAUCAAAUAUGGUUAAUAUUCUGUAAAUUCAAAGAAACCAUUAAUAAUUAUUAUCAAUAAAACAUAUAAAGGGAGUUGUUUAUGUAUAAAAGAAAAUGGCAAAUUAAUAAAGAUAGAAAUAUUUAAAAAGAGUAGUAUUUAAACAUCUCAAUCCUAAAAAAAGAUAUGAAAAGAUAGCUAAAGUAUUUUAACUGAAAUUGAUAACUUUAAAGAUAAAUGGAAUUUUGAGAGAAGCAUUGAAAUAAAUAAAAAUUACAGCUUUAACAUUUAAAGUUGAGAUAAGAAAAGAUCUGGCUUUUUAAGUAACAUUAAAGAAAGAAAAGAAAGUAGAAUCAUAGGCAAUAUAGAAUUUUAGAAAAUAAAGAGAUUUUUAUUGA